UCUGUCUUUAUCACUCUUUGUUUCUUUUUCACCUAUCUACGUCUCUCUCCACCUCUCUCUUCAAUCCCCAUUUUUCCCCUCCUGCCACAUUUUUUCCUCCUGUCUCCUUUCAUUGAACAUUGCAGCUAUGCUCCGAAUUCUCUGUGACCAUGCCAGGAAACACCCUGGACUAAUCCCACAGUUUUUUUUCAUAUGCCUGGGAAUGGGAGGUGCUGCAGUUUACCUGGUUCGUUUAGCCAAGGGACCUUAUGUCACAUGGAACAGGUCCAGCAACCCCGAACCAUGGAAUCAGCUCAGCCCUACCUAUCAGUAUAAGUUUUUUGCUGUAAACACGGACUACAAGAACCUGAAAAAGGAAGGGCCUGACUUCUAAAACUCUGAAGAUUCUGAUACUCCGCUUUGUUAAUUUACACAGUUAAACCUGAAAUAAAACUGAACUGAAACAACGUCACAGAAAAUAUUUACUUGUAAUCUUGGUAACUCAAGUGAAUGAGAAAUUGGUGUUUAUCCCUCUAGUGUGAAUGUGUUGCGUAGCAAAUAGAUUGAUUUCUGCAUUCAGCCAGUAAGCACAUUUCUGUUUGUUUGAUAGUUGUGUUAAGUUGUAAAUGCAUGUAAAUAUAAUAAAUGUAAACUGAUUUCUUCUGAGGAAUUUAAAAUAAGUAUGUUAUAAUGGCAUGCAGUUAAAAAAUCAUCAUAACUUGCAGUACAAUUAAUUAAUUGGUUCCUAAAUAUAAGAAAUUAAUUAAACUUUUUACAUUCCACAGUAACCAAAUAUUUAAAACAAUAUUAACAAAGUUAUCGAGUUCUAAUUACUUUAAGGACACAUUUAGACUCUUUACACUGUUUUACACACUGAACUGAAGUACAUUCUAUUUAAUGACAAAUUAAAUUCUAAUCAACAAUUACAUUAAAUAUACAGUACUGUGCAAAAAUCUUUGGCACUUGAAAAGAAAUGCUAUAAAGCAAAAAAUGCCUUCAAAAAUAAUUAAAUUAAUCAUUUGUACAUUAAAAAAAUCCACAAACAAAAGCAGCAAACAGUAAUAAACAAAGGCAUUAUUAAGUGUAACAACCCUUUUCUGUUUAAAAAUGCAGCUACACUUAGUGACUUUGUGCAGUUUUAUAAGGAAAUUAGCUGGUAAUGAGCAUCUUGGAGUAUUUCUCCACAGUUGUUCUUUACAUAUGAUAUAAAAUGUUGCUUUUUAUUACUGCCAUGCAAACAUUUCCCUGUAACAUUUUUUUCAGAAGUCAUAAUGCAGAAGUCAUGAAAUAAACAUUUGAGAUAAAAUUUAGAAGUAAAACAAAAUUAAGGUGCCUAAUAUUUUUGCCCAGUACUGUAUAUGUUGCAAAAAUAGCAAGUAAAGAUCUUUUCUUAAAUAUCAAGCUCACAUUAGGCUUAUAGACUGUCUCUACACAGUGGAUAUUUUAAUAUAGAUUAUUGUUGACUGCUGGUUCACUAAGAAAGGAAAUAAUUGAGAUAAUGCCAUGUGGUUUGUAUAAUAAUAUACUUCCAGAAAUAUUAUACAAUUAUAGAUAGCUUUUUUUUGCACUUGUCUAGGAAGAACUGCUUGUCUGUAUUUUGACUGUCAUAAGAUCCACAUUAAUAAAAAGUGCCUAAUAUAUACUCCUA